CAGUUGAACCUGCGCUGUCUCUUUAUUUUAUAACCUAUAAUUGCACGUGGGUGGAGCGUAGAGUCUGUGAAGGCACAGCAAGGCACAGUAUAUACUGUGGUGAAGGUGUAUCGUGUUAUUUUGAUGUUCAAAGAAAGAUGAAGACAGUGAAGAAGAAAGAAGACACGACGAAAGAGUCGAUUUUGAGAAAAGUUACCAAGAGCAAACAAAAGAUGAUAAAACCAAAAGCGGGCGUCAGUCUCGAGAAAACUGUGAAAAAUGUCAAGCAAGUCUUCGAGAAAAAGAAAGCAGAAGCUAAAGCAGCCAAGAUGAAAAAGGAAGCAAUUUUAGAAAAAUCAAAGACAAAUUUAGCAAAAUCUAAGCAAUUUAAGGGACGGAAACUGAAAGAUAGAGGAAUAGUCUACAUAGGUCACAUACCUCAUGGAUUUUAUGAGGAACAAAUGGAAGACUAUUUCAAACAGUUUGGACAUGUAACACGAGUACGAGUAGCAAGGUCUAAAAAAACUGGCAAAAGUUGUGGCUAUGGUUACGUUGAAUUCCUUCAUUCAGAGGUUGCUAAAAUCGCAGCCAAUACUAUGAACAAUUAUCUCAUGUGUGGUCGAUUAUUAAAAGCUACGUACAUUCCACCUGAGAAGCAGCACGUUGGAUUUUUUGCAGGCAAAAAUUGGUCAGAAAAUAAUUAUCCUAAACUCAAAAACAGAACAGAGACAACACAAAGUAUAAACAAUACUCAAAGUGAUGAAGAUUAUGAGAAAUUUGUUAAAACAUCGCUCAAUCAACUUUCUAGAUUAGAAAGAAAGCUACAAGCCAAGGGAAUUAGUAUGAAAUUUCAACCAGUUGAUGUACCGAAAACAUUUAAAGCUAUAACUUAGGUAUUGUAUUCUAAAAUAUUUUAUAAUUGAUUUGUAUUAAAUAAACAAUAGAGAUUUACAUGAUACAAUCUCUACAAUAUCUGUAACAUUAUUGUAAUAACAUUUCUAAGUUUCCGCCAAUGA